AUGGCAGACUUGUCCCAGAUCUUUGUACUGGAGAUCACCAGCACGUCCCUUGACUACCUUUGCGAAAUGACACAGGUGCUGCGCUUCCGAUCUACUUGGGGCAUCAGCCCCGGGCCAAACUUUGAGGACUGGAAAGCAUGGUUUCCCACGUUCAAGGAACUCGGUUAUUUCGGAGUAGAAGUUGAAAUUGCCGGCCUUCAAGACUUGCACCUGCUUCGUCAGCUGUGUGACCUUGUCGGCUUCGAGAUCAGCGUACUUAUUCAUACAGCCUGGCCGCGAUAUCUUGGGCCGAGGCCUGACGGGCUGAAGCCGGAUGACCAUUUGCGGAUCUACAAGGAGCAGCUCCAACUAGCAAAAUCUCUUCGAGCCUACAAGGUGAAUGCCCAGUCGGGAUGCGAUGCCUGGUCUCUCGAAGAGUGCGUGGCCUUUUACAGGGGAACGCUCGACAUCGAUAUAGAGAUGGGACUCGCAGGAAAGGUUUGCCACGAGACGCACCGAAACAGAUGCAUGUUCAACCCGUACAAAGCGCGCGAGAUCUUAUACCACGUUCCCGAGUAA